AUGGCUGCCAUUUCGUCCCAGACCUAUACUCCCGAGGAGGAGACCGAGAUCAAGCAGUGGCUCACCACCUCUGAUCGAUUGAAGUCCGGAACCGAUGAUAAGCGAUCCAUUCUCGAUUCUCUCGACGCCCACCUUUCCAGCCGCACCACCCUCCUCGGCACCAAGCCCAGCAAGGCCGAUGUCGCCCUCUACGAGACCCUCGCCCCCGUAGUUGCCCAAUGGUCGCCUGAUGAGCGCACGGGCAAGGGUGGCCACCCCAACAUUGUCCGACUCGUAGAUUUCGUUCAAAACUCCUCCCUCUUCGGUCUCGACGUCAAGGCCGAGAACAAGAUCAAGGCCGAGAAGGAGCGCUUGAAGAAGGAGAAGGCCGCCGCUGCUGGCGGAAAUGAGGCCGAGCUUGUCGACAGGACCAAGAAGGAGGGUGCUGCGGCGGCCAAGGAGGGUGACGAGGGCAAGGCCGCAAAGGCCCCCGCCGCGCCUGCCGUUCUGUCUCCCUGCCUCAUCGAUCUCCGAGUCGGCCACAUCCUCAAGGCUGUCAAGCACCCCGAGGCCGAUUCUCUCUACGUCUCUACUAUCGCCAUGGGCGACCCCGCGGGCACUGCCGACACCGAGGAGUUCGAGGGCCAGGUUUGCCGAACCGUGUGCUCGGGCCUCAACGGCUUGGUGCCCCUGGAGGACAUGCAGCAGCGCAAGGUUGUUGUGGUGUGCAACCUCAAGCCCGUAAAAAUGCGAGGCAUCAAGUCGGUCCGGUUGAGCUGGUCAACCCCCGCGGACGCCAAGGCUGGAGAAAGGGUCUUCUUCGAGGGUUGGCAAGGCGAGCCCGAGGGCGUCCUAAACCCCAAGAAGAAGGUCUGGGAGACUUUCCAGCCUGGCUUCACCACGACUGACGGUCUCGAGGUAGCCUUUAACGCUUCCACAGUAGAAGCUCUCGGCAAGAAGGACGUUGGAAAGCUGGUGACGGUGGGUGGCGGUGUAUGCACCGUUCCCACGCUAAAGGAUGCCCAGGUUCGAUAA